CUCCGUCCUUUGUGGGAUGGGACACCGGACGCGCCGUGUGCGCUGUGUCGGCAAUGACGGGGCCUUCUUGAAGGAGAGCGACUGCCCCAUCCGCCACCGGCCCAAGACCAGCGAGGCAUGCGACAUGGGGCCCUGCGUCCGCACCUGGUUCUACAGCGAGUGGAGCAACGCGUGUUCGGCCGAAUGUGGGACCGGCAUCCAGCGGCGCUCGGUGGUCUGCCUGUCCAGCGACGCCAGUGGAGAGUCCCAGGAGAACUGUGCCGGCACCAAGCCGGCCGACAUGCGUGCCUGCAACGGGGGGCCCUGCCGGAGGGUGAACCUUUGGUACACGGGACCCUGGAGCCCGUGCUCUUCGGACUGCGGCACCGGCACGCAACGGCGCGACGUGGUGUGCCUCAGCAAACUGGGGGCGGAUUACAACGUGACGGAGGCUUCGGAGUGUGCCCACCUGGAGAAGCCGGCUUCCCUCCAGCCGUGCCACGGCACCGAGUGCGAAGCCCGGUGGUACAACACCGCCUGGAGCGCCUGCUCCCAGUCCUGCAUGGGCGGCGUCCAGGUGAGGGAAGUCCAGUGCCUGACCCCAAACCGGACCCUGAGCCGCCUCUGCCCGCCGGACCUCAAGCCGGCCACCAAGCGACCCUGCAACGCCCAGCCCUGCCUCCCCGAGAUUGGUAAGAAUCCCUGCCUGGAGCCCAUUUGCCACUCGCGGCCGCAGGAGCCCUAACGCUGGAGCAGGUGGGACCGGGAGACGAGAACUGCAAGGACAUCAUCCAAAACUGCCCGGUGAUCAUGCAAGCCCGGCUGUGCGUCUAUCCCUACUACAAGGUGAUCUGUUGCGCUUCCUGCGCACACGCUUUGGAGCGGCACCAGGUGCAACCCAACCGGUAGCUUCGAAACCCGAACCCGCCGAUUCAUGAUCCCGAACCGACGUUGCGGACCGUUCCCACGUGUCACAACUCGACAAAGGGGUUUGGGCUCCGGAACGGGAUCCCCUUCAUCGGAGGGGAGGAAACAACCCCGUAAAGCAUGGACUUUCCAUCGGGGAGCAUCACCUCCGCAUGAAGGAACUCACAACCCCAACAGUCCUUUCCCAGAGAGGGCGAUGCGCAUGCAGAGUGAUCGCGUGGACGAUCGGGACCCGAAAAGGGUUCUGCUUUGCGACACUUCGUUGCCAUGUUCUGCAACCCCAUUAGAGUCAAUUGUGCCGUUUUUGGGGACUAUGUGACACUACGCAUCGCGGAGGUCCAUGCCAUCUCCGUAUAUUUUGAAUUCGAGACGCCAGGACCUUGAAUGCACUGUGUUCCAAAGUAAUGGCGUAUAUGUAUGUGUAUAUAUGCAUAUGUAUGAACCAGGAUCCCUUUUUGGUGUGUUUACAAAUGGGUGUUAAAAGCAACAGAGGAGCGCGGCCCAGUAAAAUAAGUUGGCAACCAAGGAAUAGGCUAUCUCUACACAUAUAGGAAGUAUAUUUUUGUAUGACGACUGUAUUUUCUCCCGGAAGUCACAGGUAAUUUGUAAUGAUUUCUUCAUCAGGGUUGCCAACUUUUUUCUCCACCUCGGCUCCUGUGCUCUUAACAAUCUGCCCCGAACAGUUAUGAGUUAUGAAUUUCUGACUUUAAAUGCACAGGAUAAGAAAAACAAAGCUUGGGAAAGGUAUCUUGAUUUUUCAAAGCCAUCAGGGUUGCCAACUUUUUUCUCGCCAUGGCUCCUGUGCUCAUAACAAUCUGAAAUAUGCCGUGAACUUAUGGAAUUUCUGAUAUAAAAUGCAAAGGAAUAA